UCUCUAUUUUUGAUGAAAGAUUCAAUGACGUGUAUGAGGCUAUUUUUGUUGUUGUUGGUUUGUCUGGCAAGUGUGGAGCGGUUGAAGGCUUCUAAUGCCAAGGAUCAGGAUUGCUCUUGGACUGCUUGGGCUCUCAACAAAUUAUCCGAAGGGAUCGGGCUGGUGAAGACCAAGAAUGUGGCUCAAAUUGUCGUGGAGAAAACAACGGAUGCUGCAUCAAGGUCCACCGACGCACUCAGCUCCGCAGCAUACGAGACGUCCAAGUAUGCUUCCGACGUAGCGGGCAGCACCUCAGAUACAGUCGGCAGUGCCAAGGAAUGGGGUUUGCCUUCUGGUGCAAAUGAGGAGCAGAACAACAAUGCCUAUGAAUCUGCUUCAGGGCAAGCACACAGAUUAUUGAAAACAGCAAGUGAUAAAGAUGCAUAUAACAAAGUUGCCUGCGAUUCGGCUUUAGAUUUGGCCGGGGAUGCAAAACAUAAGACGUACAAAGCCUACGCAUCAGGCUCAGAUAAGGCCAAAGAGAGAGCUUCUGAUGCGUAUAACAAAGCUUCCCAGAGUUAUGGAGAUGCCAAGUCGAAGCUCGAAGACGCAUACACAUCGGCUAAGGCUUCGAUGUCCGAGCAGGAUAAGAAGAGGUACGAGGAAGCUAAAGAAAAGGCUUCGCAAGCUGCUGGCGAUUUCGGAGAUAAGAUGAGAGGAGUAAGCACCGCAGAUAUGUGAACUGUCAUGAUUUCCGCAAGUUGAUAUAUACAGAGUAGUAUUUGGUUUAGGUAGCUACGCAUAUACGCAUAUACGCCUAAUUCUACGGCUUUAGUAGAAUUAUCAAAGGUUUAUAGUUCAAUUUUGUCUACUUUGACACUAUAACUAAUACGUAGUAUCAGUUUUACAUCCUUA